AUGUCGGGCCUAGACGUAGAGGCGCUGCUUGACGCCACCGCAAAGAGCUCGACCGAGAGCAAGCCCAAGGCAAACGACGCGGAAGAUCGUCCCAACGGAGACCGCCCCGAACGUAAAGAGCGCGACCGUGGCCGCGAUGGAAGUCGCGAUCGUGACUAUGAUCGUCGCCGCAGAGAUCGUGACCGCCGCGACCGUAGUUCGACCCGAAGCCGACGCGGCACCCCAGACGACUACAAGGCAUCCACCCCUAGGAGCGACGCUGGCAGCCACAAGAAGGAGAUGGUGAUUACUACAGAGGCGGAAGAAGACACUCGCGCUCCCGCUCUCGCUCACCCCAUCGCUAUCGCUCGUCGCGCGACGACCGUGACUUCCGCGACCGCCGCGAUCGUUCUGAUCGCUACUCUGGGGACCAUCGCCGGGCAAAGGACGACGAGCGUACUGAGAAUUCCAAGCCAGCUCGCCGCCCGUCUUCGCACUCGCGACUUGAAGGCGUUUUUCGAAAAGGUUGGCCCCGUCAAUGAGGCCCAGAUUGUCAAGGACCGUAUCAGCCAAAGAUCCAAGGGAGUUGGUUACGUUGAAUUCAAGAACGAGGAAUCUGUCACUCAAGCUCUUCAACUUACCGGACAGAAGCUGCUAGGUAUCCCUAUCAUUGUUCAGCUUACAGAGGCCGAAAAGAACCGCCAGGUUCGCAAUUCCGAGACCGCUACCGGCGCCCACCCGAACUCGAUUCCUUUCCACCGGUUGUACGUCGGCAACAUCCACUUCAACGUCACCGAACAGGAUUUACAGGCUGUCUUCGAACCGUUCGGUGAACUUGAAUUCGUCCAGCUCCAGAAGGAUGACAAUGGACGUAGCCGAGGCUACGGUUUCGUGCAAUACCGUGAAGCUAGCCAAGCUAGAGAAGCCCUUGAGAAGAUGAACGGAUUCGACCUGGCGGGUCGCCCGAUCCGCGUCGGCCUCGGAAACGAUAAGUUCACCCCUGAGAGUACUGCCAACAUGUUGCAGAGAUUCCCUGGACAGAACCCAGCGUAUCAAGGCUCUGCAUUCUCGGGUGCGGGCGGCCGCGGCCCGCAAACAUCGGCUUUCGACCGCGCGGGUGGACGAGACAGCGAGAAGUCAGGCGGUGCCAGCGCUUUGGACGACACCGACGUCGCAGGAGUCAACUUUAACAACUACAGCCGUGAUGCCCUGAUGAGAAAACUUGCCAGGACUGAUGACGCUUCGAACGGAGUAGAUGAGCGACAGGUUUUGAAGCCCAAGACCGAAGUCAAGCCGUUGCCGGUAAACGUGAGCAUGGCCAGCCGAUGCGUCGUUCUCCACAACAUGUUUGAUCCUGAAGAGGAGGAGGGUGACGACUGGGUCAAGGAGCUGGAAGACGACGUGCGACAAGAAGCAGAAGAAAAAUACGGCCGUGUUGUACACAUCGCCGUCGAUCCCAACUCGAAGGGAGACAUUUACCUGAAGUUCGACAAGGUCCAGGGUGGCGAGAACGCCAUUCGGGGUCUCAACGGCCGCUACUUUGGAGGCAGGAUGAUCGACGCCAGUAGCUCUGGAGAGGAUCGUGGAGGUGUACGCCUUUCCGACCAUUCUCCUCCUUCGAAGGACCGUCGCAAUCCAGCCACUCCGAGCUCGUCGGCGAGCACCGUCCGCGAGAGUUCUCCCUCUGACGUCUUCGGACCUGAUCUGCCUCACGGAGUCAGUCAGCAUUACCUUCAGGAUUAUCAACAGAAUUAUCGCCUCCCUCUGCCUCCGAAAUUCCAGCCCGAUUACACUUUCGGCAACCAGGGAACUUCAGCGCGUCCCGGUCCUAACCCUCAGAACUUGACCAGCUUCUCUGCGAGCAAGGCGUCCGUUCGCUCCGAAGGUGCUAUCUUCGCGACUCCCACCGGUCGCCCUACUGAUCCUCCUGCCGCCGGAUAUCGUUCUGGUCCCGUGAGUGCGACUUGUCUGAGUGGCUUCGGACCAGUUCCCGCGAGCACCAAGACCCCGGCCAACACCCCAGCUGCAUCUGGAAGCGAUUUUUGUCGUGGACAGCUUGGCGUCUCCAGCACUUCGGAAAGCAGAAUCGUGCCCACCGCCGAACAGUCGCAGCCAGUAUUCGCAGAGAUGGCUGCUGCCCAUUGCCAGCUGGAGGGCCCUUUGUCGGGCCCUCUUCGAGAGAAUCGUCGCUCUGAGCUGGCUCGAAACCACCCCGCCUGGAUUCCCGCUCGCCAGGUUCAAGCAGGUAUCAUGACCACGCAGCAGGCUAUUCGCCGCACCCCUGGAAUCCCUAGCAACAUUGCCAACGAUCUCUGCGAUGGACUCCAGAAGUAUGCGCAAGACGUCAACAACAUGCUUCGGCAAGCGAUCAACGAAGUCGCUGAGUAUCGCCUUGACAUUGAGUACAAUAAGAAGGUACUCUGCUCCAACAAGCUGGAGGCUAGCAUCCUUGCCGAGGAGCGUGACCAGCUCAAGCGUGACUAUGCCGAGCUGCAGGGCAAGUUCGAUGAGGUGGAGAAUCGACUUGCUGGCUAUCACGGAGAGAUCGAGCAGCAUAAGAACAAGCUGCUCGAGUUCAAGGCGAGGCUCGACCACCAGAGAGAUGGCGAAGACAGCACUCAGGAGAUCAUGAAGGAGCUUUUGGAGACCGUCAAUGAGUUUGCCACGCGUCGUUCUCAAUGGAUGCAUAGCGAGCCUGAGGGUGACUCGCCGAACAAGGUAAUCACCUCUCUGAACGCAGCCAGCAUUGCUGCCUUGGAGGAACAGGAGAACCACGCUCCCCAUGCAUCUCAGACGCAGCUGGUUCCCACCCGCUCUUCUAUGCAGUCCGGCCCUCAAGAAGCGAUGCCUUCGAUGAACAACGCUCUGCAGGCUUUCAACUUCCAGCAGGCCGCAGAACAGCCCAAGAUGUCCGCCCCUUCCUAUGGCACUACUCAGAAUGGACCUCCAUCCUCUUAUCCUGGCAUGUUCAACAACGGCCGCCGCCCUGUCGACAACAGAACUAUGUCUUCCGCCGGUUGGACCCGUGCUUCGAGCGUUGCUCCUGGCCAGCAAAACAUGCCGCCUAGCCGUCCCUACUCGCGUUCUGGCGAUACUCGUCAGUCUUUUGGUUUCAAGCAGCCCAACGCGUUUGAAGGAGCUAGCAAUUACGGCAACCAGUAUGCCUCGCAAGCUCGUCCUGGCACUGCCAUGGGUCACCGCGGCUUCAAUCCGCAGUCUUCUUUCCGUCCCAACGCUCCAGAGUUCCACCCUGGUCACAGCGGUGGUAUUGACAGCAGCUUUGACAACUCCGCUGUCUCUUACGACUACACUUAUGGACCUGGAUCAAACACGGGUUCGCGCCGCGAUUUCAACGCAGCUAGCGGUCCCUUCAACAGCCCGACUCCUCGGUCUGCCAGCCGCGCUGGAUUUGGUGACUACGAGGGCCCUUCGUCAGGCUUCACCCGAGCCUCCCCCUUGAUCCCCCAAACUCCCGGUUUCGGCCCCAGCCAAAACUUCUACAAUGGUGCCUCUGACCAUCACAGUAUGCCCCCUCAGCGCAACAACGGCGGUGGAUGCUCUGGCCAGGGUUAUCAUUCCGCCAACUACAGUCAAGGCUUCGCAUCCGGCCCGUUCGGCCAAGUUGGCAGCGGUCCGAGAUCGAUUGGUAAGACGGCGAACGUGGGCGCCGUUGGUUUUCCCUCUGGACGAGGCUUUGGCCAAGACAAUGGCGAUAACGAGCGCUUCGCCCGUGCCUUCGAGGGCGUCUGGGGUCUGGCUCGGAGCUAG